AUGAACACGAUUUUAACUGCAUCUCAAACAAAGGUUGUUGAAUUUCCCUACGCACCUAACGGUACUCUAAAAGUUGUGGCUGGUCCUGGAUCUGGGAAAACGCUGACACUGCUGCACAAGGUUCACCGCCUUAUCACUUCUGGUCAGGUAAAAGCAGAUGAGAUCGUUAUUCUUUCGCUCACGAAUAAGGCAGUCGAUAGUGUUAUUGCUAGACUAUAUGGCAUUUUUGAAGACUUAAAUGAAGAGCAUUCUGAGGAUGAUCUAAAAGACAUUGUGAGCCGGAUAGGCGUCCAUACGAUUCACGGUUUGGCUAAUCGGGUAGUCUCAGAGAAUGAAGGCCUAAUAAGCGUUAUUGAGGAGAAUGGCUGGAGAGGACUAAUGAAAUUGGUCUCUGAUGACUUCUGGAAGAAUAAACGCUCUAAAGCACCAAAUACAAGAGAAUUCAAGAAAUUAUUCGAAGAGUACACUCAUGGUGGUGAUAAUAAGAGUGAAGUGAUGAGUAAAGUUGCCAACAUUAUGCGUAAUUGUGGUGUAGUAACUAAUGAUGAAUUGAUAGUACGAGCAGCACAAUACUUGCAGAAGGAUUAUCAGUCUGCAUUAGCCCCCGAGGAUACAAGAUUGACUAAUGAUCUCAAAAAAAAAUGUAAAAUUGUGCUCAUAGAUGAAUUUCAGGACCUCUAUCCCUCUUUGUUACCAUUCUUGCGCGAGUUGUCCGAGGGCAAACAGUUGAUCUUAUUUGGGGAUUCGAAUCAAAGCAUUUACGGCUUCCUGGGAAAGAAUAAGGAAGUUAUGAAAGGUCUUGAGGAACUCCAGAAUGGGAAUAACCUCAAAGUAAUGCAUUUGCAAGACAAUUUCAGGUGCACACCUGAAAUAACAUUAGCGGCAGGUAAAGUCAUUCGUGGUAAUCGUGAAAUAAAAAACAAGAGCGAAGAAGAAAUCAACCUGAAACAACCCAGUGGUAUUGAACCUAUAAUAAACGAAGUAUCAGAUCCAAUCGACGAGCUAGAAUUCCUAACUGAUCAAAUCUGUCAGUUGGUUUGUAGUUCAGCUAGACUCGGCGAUAUAGCAGUACUAGUGAGAACUAAUGCUCAAAUGGAAAUCAUUGCGGACCAUCUAAAAGCUUAUGGAAUUAAAUCAUAUAAACUAACUGCACAGCCGGAUUGGCUCACUGAUGUCAGAAUCCAAUUCUUGAUAGAUCUUCUUCGAGCCGCCACCUUGAGUUAUCGUGAAGAAUUGAAAUUGCGGAAUGAAAGUACGCCGCAGGUUGAGCCUUGGAAAACCGACUUCAGCAUAAUUGUGACUCUCAGCGCAUUAAGGGGGGUAGGCAACCAGUCUAUUCAAACCCUUUACAAUGACUGCCGACGUCUAGGAUUGUCUUUGUGGAAUUAUAUAUCUACGGUAUCGAAGAGUAGUUGGCCCAGCGCGGUAACGAACAAGAAGAGAAUAGAAAUUUACGCAAAAGAGAUGAAGGACCUUGCUGAAGAUCGUAGACUUAUUACAAUGGAAGACCCUAUGUCGCUGCUGAAAGAAAUUUGCAAUUUAGCGCAUCGCCUGGGUGCUCAGGUUGUCCAGCCACGAAGCAACAACGAAGCAGAUCAAUUCAAAGAGCAUCUAGAAGAGAUGCUCAAAGUGAUGAAAUUGUGCUCACAAAACAAACCUGAUAAUAUAUCACUCGGCGAAUGGUUCCUUCAAACGUACUUUGAACAGAGCAUGGUACGCCAUCAUGGGCCCUCAGGCACGAAAUUAGGAUCAAAUGCAGUAAUACUAUCGACUAUACAUUCAUCCAAAGGUUUAGAAUUUCCUAUAGUCUUUCUAAUGGGAGGGUUUAACCCAUUCUAUUCGUUCAACCAAAUUGAAGAAAAUGUUCUUUAUGUUGGAAUGACUCGCGCCAGAAACCUACUCUAUUUGAACAAUAUAAGACACCCUAGGAUAAGUUCCAACUCAACUAAGAGGGACAUUAUAGGUGAUGAGAAAUUUUGGAAAUACUACAACGCCGAUCUUAACAGGCGAGCCGAUGUAUGUUCCACACUUGCCUGGCGUAAUUACGGUUCAAUGCAACGAAGAUACGGACUAUCUUUACCGUGUCGACGAUCCUACACGACAUUAUGCCGCAAAAUGCUAAUUAAAUUACUUAAGUAA